CGGGGCCGUUUUGGUGUUGGCCGCGUGGGAAUCGCUUCUCUCUCUCAAUCUCUCUCAAAGAUCGUUCCUUUAUUGCUUUGCUUAGCUUGGAGAGGUCUCUGCAACCGACCACGCAACCAGAGCACCAAAAAAAACCUCCUUUGUUGCUUGCACGACCUCUAAAGGAGUGCUUGGUUGCUUUCUUUUUUAUAGCUUUCGCUGUUUGGGAGAUGCAGGCCUGAAUAGCAUGGGUUAGCUUUUGUUCACCGUCUUGUGGUCAGUUUUUGUGGAAAGAGAUUACAGCAUGGAUCUUUCAGAAUACUUCUUCACCAUCUCUGUCCUUUGAAUGAAGAUUAUAACUCUUUCAUUAUAAUUGUGCUUCUUGGAGAUUUUACUGUAACACUCAGCAUUGAAUUGUGUUUUGUCAAUGAAUCAAGAACCAACAGAGCCUGUUACAAUCCCUGAUUCCCCGGAUUUCCUUACCCCAAAAAGAGAGGCAAGGAGUAAUUCAACUGGGAAAGAUAUUACGAGAAGCUUACCAUCUCCUUUAGCCGGCAAUGAAAAGCCUCUUCCACACUACCUCAGAGCUUCUUCUGGCUCUUGCCAUGACUACUGUAAGUAUGGCAGGAAGCAUGCAUUUGAAGAUAAAGCAAGACGUCCCAAUUUUCGAAGAUCCUCGGGUGAUAAUGAGAUCUCAGAGAAGGUACGAAAUCAAGUGGAAGUUCUACCUCGAGGAGGGAGGAAGAAAAAACCAGUGCAGAAGCUGAAACCUACAUCUCAACAUGAGACUGAACUUUCUGGUCAGUCAAAUGUUGUGAAGAACAAUGGUCUGUCAGCUGCCAAGGACAUUCAAGUAUGUGAAUAUGGAUCAGAAGGAUUUUUAUCGUCUUCUCAGAAUAGUAUCUCAUCUACAGACCGUAGAUAUUCAGAUAAAGCUGAAGGACUGUCUGAGGAGCAUGUGAGCGUUGAGUCAAUUGGUCCAUCAGUUGUCGAGAAAAGUGUCAUCACUAAUGAACUUAUAGUGAGCACUCGAGAAGAUGUUCUGCUCGAGGAACCUAUGAGCAUUGUAAUGCCAUCAUCUGGUUGGGAAGGCAUUGCAAAUGAAUCCGGAGGAUUAUAUGGAGAACUUCAUGAGGCAGUAUCGCCUCUCCAGGGAGGCAUUGUAGGAUUUGCUGCCAGUACAUUAAGCAGUCAGGAAGAGAUGUCAGGUGAGAUGCCAAUCAGCAAAUUAACCGGUACACUAUCUAACACACUGUCUCGGGAUUCACCAGGAAAUCAGGCCAUUAAACCAUCUGGAGAACCUUCAAAGGCAUCACCAUCGUCAUCGCAAUCCAUUAAGGGAAGCAGUUCAAAAAGAAUUGAUUUAAACAAGAGGGAGGCACCAAAGCUGAGGUCAGUGCCAAAGCCAAAGAAUGAGAUGCCUGUGAAAGCAAAGGCUAUUGCUCAGAAAGAAACUGAUGUGUUGGGGAAGAGUAGUACUAUUAUCAAGCAAAAGGCCCCUUCGGCCAAUAAGAAAACCAUGACAUCUGAUCAACAGAAAACCAUCAAGCAAAAAAGCCGAAAUGCUGCUUCACCUGGUACAGCGGAAGUUCUCAAGCUGAAAGCUUCUUCACCUUUAAAGAAGACUGACAUAUCUGCAAGAGCCUCUGCCUCAUUGAAGCCGAAGGCCUCAGCAACCAAGUCUCUAUCUCCAUUAACUCCUGCUGGAGGCCCAGACAGCAGCAGAAGCAAGCCAAGCCAGAUAUCCAGAACUCAAGAUCUUCCAAAGACUGUUGAAAAGAAAGUAUUGAAACUUCCAAGAGCUUCUCUAUCCCCAAAGAUUGGUGAUAAGAAGGUAUUGAAAACACCAAGAGCUUCUCUAUCACCCAAGAUUGGUGAAAAGAAGGUAGUGAAAACACCAAGAGCUUCUCUAUCUCCGAAGAUUGGUGAAAAGAAGGUUUUGAAAAAGCCACGGGCUUCCCUAUCCCUAAACAUUGGUGAUAAGAAAGUAUUGAAAGCAGCGAGAGUCCUUUUAUCCCCUAGACCAGCUGUCACUAGGAUUUCAAGCAUGAAACUGAGAAAGUUUGGAAAUAAGAAGCUUGGCUCACCUGUGAAGUAUGCAAAGAAGGUAUCGGCACAGGAUAAUAAUGAUCAGGUAAAGGAGAAAACAAUUUAUGCUAUUGAUCCAGAACCAGAGAUCAAAAGUGAGGAAGAUGUGCCUCAAAUAUCGACCGGUUACAAAUCAUCUACAUCAUCACAGAGCUUGUCAGUAGCUUCAUCACAGUCUACAGCUUCUGAUACUUCAGAAGAGAAUGAAGAGAAUGAAGAGAAGGAAGAGAAUGAAGACACUGAAUCCACAUAUACUGAAGUCAGUGUAGUUUCUGAAGAUGAAGACACAGAGAGUGAUAACGAAGUUGAGCCUCAAGAAGUUGAGGAGAGAAGGAUGUCAAGAAAAAAAAGUGUUGUUCACCCAGAUGAUGAAGCUCAGCCACCUCACAAAUUGAAGUUCCGCAGAGGCAAAGUACUUGAUCCUCAGUCUCAGAACAAUGGUCCUAGACGCCUUCGAUUCAGAAAACCAAGAGUGGUGACUGAGAAUGAAAACGGCAGAGGAGAAUUAGGGAGGAGAAGCUUCAGAAAAAGAAGCAAUAUUAGUGGUGUAGAUACAAAUGAGGUUCCUGAAACUCCAAAUGUGGUGUUGAGACAUCAAGACCAGCAGGGAAAGAAAGAUUCUCAAGGUUUGUUCAAUCAUGUUAUCGAAGAAACUGCAAGUAAGCUUGUGGAAAGCCGGAAGAGCAAAGUGAAAGCCUUGGUUGGUGCAUUCGAAACCGUGAUUUCCCUCCAAGAUACCAAAGCUGCACCUACAGUCUGAGUGCUUCUUCUCUUUUUCGCCAUUACAUCAAUAAAAAUCCUAAUUGAAAGGCAUCAAUCUUCAUAAGUACAUAUAUAUCUAAGGCAUUAUCGUGUACAAAAUGAGAGAAUAAAACAUUAUAGUGUGCAUGAAUCUGUUUUUCCUGGCUUUGAUUUCUUUUGUUUUAUGUUUCUAAUUUGAUACUGAAAUACCGUUCUUUUGUAAAUUUAUGAUGGAGAACAUUUGUUUGGAUGUUUUGUUGAGGAUUGAAUGAAGAACAUUUUGAUUCUGUAA